AUGGUCGGAGGCAGCGGUGCUCGCGUUCCUAAUCGCUUUCUCAAUGCAAAGGGCGAAUUUGUCAAGGGAGAGCAGUCGAGUGGAGGCAGUGGCGGGAGAGACCGUCCAAACUCAAUCGACCUCACACUCGACGACUCUCGCAGCGACGAGGACGACGAGCCUGAGGUGACAGCUGUGCGCAAAAGCGACAUCGAGUCCGAUGAGAUAAAGAACAAUGGCCCGGUGUGUCUGGGAAGCAUUUCGGCGAUCGUGCUCUGCAUGAUGGGAAUGCCUGAACCGAUCAAGACGAGGGGCCCCGCUGCUACACAUCCAUCCUUAGACAAGGAUCCGGCAUGGGCCAAAGACAAUUGGCCGGGCGCUAGUCGUUGGCCUCUUCAGCCCGGGUAUCGGCCAGUGUCGAUCAGGAUGCGAUAUCCUCGCAAGCCAAAUCACCAGGCUGCUCGAACUACCGGCAAUUGGUCUCAUGGUGGGCAAGCACCUCAACAUCAUCAGGGAAAACCGGAGCUCGAGGCUUCCGCCAUCCUAUCUCCGAUGGCUAACAUAGAGCGACAGCGAAAAGCAGGAUACCCAGAGGAUCGGAUCUCUCGUACACCUCACAUUCUAGAACCUUUCGGCAACAUGGGGGACCGGUACACUGCAGUCUUGCAGCCACUUCUGGAGGCUAGACAGAUCAAUUGCGAGGCACGGUGCAGGAUGGUGUCUGCGGAGAAGACGGCGAACUUCUUGUUUCCUAUUGACUUGCUUAUCUUCACUGUCCGCCCCCUGGCAAAAUACGUCGCGGAAAGAUUGUCCAUGGCCGGCAUCUAUCUCGAGGUCCCCCCACCAGAACAAUUCAGCCCUACUGAUUACGAAGGCGAGCCGCCCUUGCUAAACCUUCAUGCGAAUUCAGCGGUCCGAGACAAUAAUCUCGGUCGGCAUCGCUAUGGCCCUUCGAUGAUUCUAGGAGGGGCAGGAGGUGGCGGUGGAAGCGGCUAUGGGACCGUCCAGACUCGCGAGAUGACAGACGAGGAGCGCAAGAAGCAAUUAGAGUCUGUCUACGACACGCUAGUGUCUGGCGAAGAUCUGGAGAUGGCAGAGACUAGUGAGCUAGUUUCGUCCGAGCUGUUCCCACACCAGAGACAGGCUGUGACUUUUCUGCUAGAGAGGGAGAGAGGGAGGUCGUUCGAAGAGCCAGAUCUGCCCAAGGAUGGGAACGUAUCGCUGUGGCAGCCGAUCAAGUCGCGUGUCGACGGGACCAUUCGCCUUUACAGGAACAUUGUCACGCAGCAUGAGCAGCCGGAGGAGCCCAAGAUUUGCAGGGGAGCGAUCUUGGCAGAUGACAUGGGGCUCGGCAAGACAAUCACAGUGAUUGCAACCUUGGCGUCGACGCUAAAGGAGGCUAAAGAUUUCGAGAGGUCAUUCCGGGGGCCGAGCAGAGGUAUCAAAGAGUUGCUCAACAGCAAUGGUAAAAGGGCAGCCCAAAACAAUGCGGAGGAUGGCGAUGAUACUCUUGCUGACAUAGCCAGUCAACUACAAGGCGGUGGAGCUGCCAAGAAGGGAAAAGCACCAGCCGAGAAGAAGAAAAAAAUCGGCAAGCAGGAAGCCCAGCGCAAUGAACUAGAAAAGGCACAGAUCGAGAAUAUCGACAUCAGGAGUCGAGCUACUCUCAUUGUCUGUCCGCUGUCGAUCGUAUCAAAUUGGGAGGAACAGAUCAAGGAGCACUGGAAGGCUUCAUCGCGGCCGAAGGUGUACAUCUACCACGGGAGUUCGCGAUCGACUUCCCCUGCAGAGAUUGCCGAUCAUGACAUCGUCAUGACCACGUACGCAACUCUUGCAUCCGAGUUCGCCAACCAGCGCAUCUGGACCACAGGCGACGCUGCUUCCGAGGAUGAAGGAUCUGCCACAGAAGACGACGAUAGCGACUUCGCCAUGCUAGACGAAAACGGUAGAGCUCUGCCUAGCAAUGGCAAGCAGAAGAAGGCAGAAGACACCAAGGGUGGCCGCAAGAAGAGGAAGAGACCCAGGGGCAAAGAGGCCAUCAACCCCCUUCAGCGCAUCGAGUGGUUCCGCAUCGUUCUUGACGAAGCUCACACGAUCAAAGAAGCCCGCACGAUGCAAUGUCGGGCUGUCUGCAAUCUAUCAGCUCAGCGCCGUCUCUCGUUGACGGGGACGCCAGUACAAAAUCGUCUUGAUGACCUAUACUCGCAGAUCAAAUUCAUUCGACUGGAGCCAUUCUCUGAUCGCAAGGUCUGGGACCAACAUUGUGGGCAACGUCAAAAGAAGUCGAGUCUGGUCCAACGAAGCAAUGCCAGCCAGAAAAAUGAGCCUCUCGAGCAAGUCGCCCUGGUCAAAGUGCAGACUAUCAUGAAGUUUUUGACUCUCAGGCGUACCAAAGACUCCAAGAAGGCGAAUGGCGAGCCGAUUCUCCAGCUUCCACCCAAGAACACGCGUCUGGCAGAGAUCUUCUUUGAUGAGAGAGAACAGACGAAGUACAAGGAUCUACAUGCCCGCUACAAGGAAGACUUCGAAGAGAUGCAGGCAGCUGGGUCUGUUGGCACCAACUACGCCACCAUCCUGCAAGAGAUCUCCAACCUCCGCAUGUGCUGCGAUCAUCCUGGCCUUGUGGACAGCAGCAAGGACCUGAAGCGAUUAAGAGAGGGUGACGAAGAUUUGAGCUCGGCCAUUAAACGGGACGGCAUCACUCGUGAGAGAGCAGCGAAGCUCUUCGACAUCUUCAGCGAAUCGUCAGCAGCCGAAUGCGGUGUUUGCCGCUGCGACCUUUCUCGCUUCAGCGAAGAUGCUGCCGGAGGCGCCACUGCCUUAGAGGAGGGAGGUGACGACAGGAUCAAGCCAGUCAUGACGAAGUGUUGUCACCUCUUUUGCUCCUCAUGCUUUCUCAAAAAGGCCGGACCUCGAUGGAAGAAUCUCAAGAAGCUCAAAGCCGAGGAGCUCAUGAAUUGCCCAUCUUGCGGUGUCUCGCUGAGUAUCCUCAUGGAUGCUAUCCUGCUCGAAGGCGGCGACGUGACCUCGACCGUCAACAGCCCAAGAGACGCUUUCAAUUGGUCGGACGACGAAGACAAUGGCCCUGGCAACAAGAAGCUUAGCUCCCGACAUCGCGAUGGAUUUGGAGCAGAUCGCAACAUCGACCUCGACGAUCGUACAGAAUUGAGUUCAAAGAUUCGCUUUCUCCUCGGAGACCUCAUUCCCUUUUCAGCUUGCAAUCCCGCUUCAAUGCUCUAUGAUCCCUCUGCACAGCAGCUGCUUCAUUGUGUCCCUACAAAGGAGCAGCUGGCUUCUGGCGAAGCUCGCGAGUCGGUGUGCCUAGCAACCGAUCAAAUCGAUCCCACCGUGUACGAGCCAGUCAAGUCGAUUGUCUUCUCCCAGUGGACUACGAUGCUCGACCGUAUUGGCAAAGCUCUGCACCGGGCCGGUAUCAGCUAUGUCCGUCUAGAUGGCACGAUGCGAAGACAAGAGCGAGCAGUGGCCCUAGAAGACUUCAAGAGCAAGAAGAACGUCGAGGUCUUCCUCAUCAGUCUGCGAGCAGGAGGCUUCGGUCUCAAUUUGGUGUCGGCUUGUAGAGCCUACAUUGUAGAACCUGCCUGGAAUCCUGCGCUGGAGUCGCAAGCUUCUGACCGCAUUGUGCGAUUAGGUCAGACGAAGCCUACGAUCAUCACCAAGCUCAUCAUGAAGCAGAGUAUCGAGGAGAGGAUGCUCGAGCUGCAGAAGAUGAAGCAGGACCUUGCCAACAAGGUCAGUGAGAAGAGGGGCAAGGUGGACGAUAAAGGCGAUAAGCACGGGGACAUUAGAGUCCUGCUUGGUGAUGGCAGCGCGAAGGCGUAG